AUGGAUUCACAAUCACUUAACUCUCAAGUCAUCUCAGAAGAUCAGUGCACCAGUUCUGCUAAAAACCGCGAAGCGAACAAGUCUUUAGAAUCAAAGCUUCGAGUUUCCCUUGGUGCUCAUGAAUUCUUCAGUCCAGAGAUGUGGAAGGCAGCUUUGACAGAGUUAACAGCAACAGCAUGCUUACUGUUCACCUUGACCACUUCCAUUAUAGCUUGCUUGGACUCACACGAGAGUGAUCCCAAGCUUCUUGUUCCUUUUGCGGUAUUCAUCAUAGCCUUCCUCUUCUUAUUGGUCACUGUCCCUCUCUCUGGAGGCCACAUGAGUCCAGUUUUCACAUUCAUCGCUACUCUCAAGGGUGUCAUAACUCUCUCUCGCGCUCUCAUCUACAUAUUCUCACAAUGCAUCGGCUCAAUCAUUUGCUUCUUGAUCAUUAAGAGUGUCAUGCAGCAAAGACUGGCAGAUUCAUAUUAUUUAGGAGGCUGUGCUAUUAGUGACAUGAAGAAAGAAAAAGCCUUACUGCUAGAGUUUUGCUGCACGUUCGUGGUUCUUUUUGUGGGAGUCACGCUGGCUUUUGACAAGAGGAGGUCUAAGGAUUUGGGUUUGCCAAUGGUGUGUGUGGUGGUGGCAGGCGCCAUGGCUGUAGCGGUAUUCGUGUCCAUCACAGUGACCGGGCAAGUCGGGUAUGCGGGUGUGGGCUUGAAUCCAGCAAGAUGCUUGGGCCCUGCAUUGCUUCAAGGAGGCCCACUGUGGAAUGGACAUUGGAUUUUCUGGGUUGGGCCCUUCUUGGCAUGUCUUUUGUAUUAUGGUGUGUCCAUCAACUUACCAACGGAGGAUUUGGUUUGUGUGGCUGGGGAGGGUGAUAUCUUAAAGUUAGGUUUGGACUUGUGUUCUGCAAAAUUAGCUGGUAGUAUAAGAGACUAAAUGCUAUGACAUAUUUUAGUAGACAUAUUAUGUA